CUCAGUCUCGCGCGGCUCAGUGAGUUGCGCUCCUCCGCUGCGUGUCCACGUCAGGUGGCCAUGUGCAAUGUAAUGGCAGGUGGGGCUACUGCUGCCACCUUCACGCCAACAGAGAUGGAUUAUGAACAUCUCAGCUCAACAGAAAACUAAGCCAUCACCACUGAGCAGAGAUAAUGGACCCAAACUUCCGCUCCAAGAGGAAGCCUACAUCCUUGAGCGAUCAACGUGACCGUAUUACUUCAACAGCUCCCUUUUAAUAUGCUGACAUAUUAAGUUUGCUGAACACCUUCGCUUGGGGAAUUAUUGGAGCGACAGAGGAACAAACAGCUUUGCCUCACUCCAGUGGACAAGCUGUGCAUCUAUGGUUUCAUCUGCAGCCAUGGGGAAGGAACAGGACCUGCUGGUGGCGGUGAAGAACGGAGAUCUUCUGCAGGCUCACAAGCUCCUCUCUAAAGUCAAGUGCAACAAAACCAAGUUGCUGGGCUCCAACAAGAGACUCAACAUCAAUUACCAGGACUCAGACGGCUUCUCUGCGCUGCACCAUGCUGCUCUGACGGGCACCACCGAGCUGCUGUCACUGCUGUUGGACUCCCACGCCACGGUGGACAUCAAGGACAUCAACGGCAUGCGUCCUCUCCACUAUGCGGCAUGGCAGGGAAAAUCCGACUCUGUUUUACUGCUACUGAGAGGGGCGGCUUCAGUCAACGCUCCUUCCCAUGACGGACAGAUACCUUUACAUCUCUCUGCGCAGUACGGACAUUACGAGGUGUCUGAGAUGCUGCUGCAGCACCAGUCGAAUCCCUGCCUCAUGAACAAGGCGAAGAAGACUCCUCUGGAUUUGGCCUGCGAGUUUGGCCGACUCAAGGUGGCUCAGCUGCUGCUCAGCAGUAACAUGGUGUCAGGACUCUUAGAAGGAGAGAGAGGGAACGACACUCUGGAUUCCCCCUCCACCACUCCUCUCCACCUGGCUGCCAGGAACGGACACAAAGACGUAAUCAAGUUGCUGCUUAAAGCCGGCAUCGACAUCAACAGAGCCACCAAAGCAGGGACCGCUCUCCAUGAGGCCGCCCUCUACGGCAAGACGGAAGUAGUGCGGCUGCUGCUCGAUGCAGGGAUCAACGUGAACCUGCGCAACACGUACAACCAGACAGCUCUGGAUAUCGUCAACCAGUUCACCACUUCCACCGCCAGCAGAGACAUCAAGCAGCUGCUUAGAGAAGCGUCCAGUUCCCUCCAAGUCAGAGCAGUGAAGGACUACUGGAAUCUCCACGACCCCACUGCCCUCAACCUGCGUGCUGGGGAUCUUAUUAUGGUCCUGGAGCAGCACUCAGACGGCCGCUGGAAAGGCCACAUACAGGACAGCCAGCGGGGGACCGACAGGGUGGGCUUCUUCCCGCCUUCAGUGGUGGAGGUCCUCAGCAGGAGAGCAGGAGGCGCUCUCUCCCGCCAAGGCUCAAUGCCAUCCCAGAGACCACAUCCUGCAUCCAGACCUCCUCCCUCAGGCCCCGCCCUUCAGACAGAUGACUCAUACAUCCUCGGCUAUGACCCCGCAGGUGCUUCACCGGCCAGUCAGUUCUCAGCCCCAGACCCCCCUCAGGACAUUUGGGUCCUAAGGAGCUCUCCCACUGGCGACAGGAACAGCGUUGGUAGCACAGGCAGUGUGGGCAGCAGCCGCAGCGCCGGCAGCGGCCAGAGCUCGGAGAGCGGCCGCAAGCAGAACGGGACUCACGUCCGCCACCACGCCGACGCUGGCAAGGUGGCUCCCCCUGCAGGUGAAACUGGAGAGCAGGUCCACAGUACAGCAGCUGACCAAAGAAAUGGUGGUUCUCGCCGACAGGCCAACAGCACUCCUCAGAAAGGCUUCAUCAGACCAGAACAGCUUCUGGAAGGCAAAGACUCUGAAGCCAUCUACCAGUGGCUGUGUGAGUUCCAGUUGGAGCAGUACACGUCCAACUUCAUCAGAGCGGGAUACGAUGUACCUACCAUCAGCAGGAUGACUCCUGAGGAUCUCACUGCUAUCGGCGUGACCAAGCCGGGCCACAGAAAGAAGAUCUCAUCAGAGAUCAGCAAACUGAGCAUCCCCGAGUGGCUGCCAGAUUACAUUCCUUCGGAUUUGGGGGAGUGGCUAAGCGUGAUUGGGCUGCCUCAGUACCAAAAGAGAUUGUGUGACAAUGGCUACGACUCCAUUGCGAUCGUUAAGGACAUCACCUGGGAGGAUCUACAAGAAAUAGGAAUCACCAAACUGGGUCAUCAGAAGAAGCUAAUGUUGGCUGUGAAACGGCUCUGUGACCUGCAGCGCUCUCGAAACCAGGUUGAUAGGACAGGAGAGGGAACUCUCAAGAGAAAGCCACCAGCUGCGCUAGAGCUGGUGGCUAUCGAACACACACCAACACACAUCGUCCACUCUCAUGGACACUCUGAUGCCCCAUCUGAAAACUGCUGCCCUUCCCCUCGCACCCCCAGGGCUCUCCUCUCUUUUCAGGACUGCGAGCUGAGUGCAGAGCUGCAGAGUGCUAUGAUGGGCAAGGUGGGGGGAUUGGCGUCGGAGGCUUUCGGCAUGAGAGGAGUGCCCCCCUCUGCUGUUAUAGCCGCCAUGUCUGUCAGUCAAGAAAGCAUAAGCAGGCGCUCGCGGGGCUCAGGGAGGUCGGGAAAUUCCCAUGAUCACCAAACGACACCGUGUUCUAGCAGAACGUCCAGUAGGCCUGAGGAGAAACUGGGUACUGGGGGAGCGGAGGAGGCCAAGAACAGCCAAAGCAGCCCCGGAGGAAGAAGUAAGCUGAUAUCUGCUGAGUUGUGGGAUCAUCAGAGCUGGGCUGGUGUCCCAGAGAAACACCCUUUCUCCACCGUAACACCUCCGCUAACCCCAAGCAAGAUGCCCCACAUUGCUUGCCCCGCAGUUCCACCCAAGUCCAAACACCCGCAGUCCCCCAACCGCCUCUAUCAACCUCAGUACCACCCCCACCACCACCCUCCCUCUUCUCCAUCAUCGCCAUCCCCACAACCCUCUCCCACAAAGAAGUACUUCAAUCACCUGCAGGCUCAGGCAAGUGCUGUCAACGGCCCUCCACGAGUACUUUCUAAACCCAUGCCUGGAGCCAUCCCUGUGCUUAGAACCCCACCCACACAGGUCCAAGGAGACGACACUCGGAGAGGGUCACAAAAUAAGCGCAGCCAAAGUUUGACUCGCUACGCUCUGUCCGACGGAGAGCCAGAUGAAGACGAUGACCUACCUCUUCCCUCUUCCUCAGCUUCUUCCGUAACCAUGCCGCCCUAUGCCACGCUGUCUCGCAGGCCGGGACGUGCCUCAGGACCCCCACGUCAAGUCAACCGCAGCCAUUCUUUCGCUGUGCGCUCUCGGCACAAAGGUCCGCCUCCCCCGCCACCUAAGAGGAUGAGCUCGGUGAGUGGCAGUCCCACAAGACAGCAUAGCGAAUCAGGCAGCAAGGCGGCAGAGCCAGAGUUGAAGGCCGGGGUAGAGACAGAUAGUGCAGGCAGUGUGAGGAGCAUCGCUGCCAAGCUAGAAGGCAGCAGCAGUUGCAGCAGCCCAUCGAGGAGGAUAGACAUACCACCGACCUAUGUUCACGUUUCACCUGUUCCCAGCCCAGUUUCCUCACCAAUCUCUUAUGGAUUAUCAUCGCAUAUUAUUCUACAGCAUUCCAAACCUGUCCCUGCUUUGGGUUUGGGAGGCUUAAGGAGGAUUGGAAGUGAGAGGACAGAAGGCGAUACUGACAGACACAGAGGUGGAAGUACAGAGGAAACAAUUGAAGAGAAACUGAAAGCAAGAAAAACUGAAAAACUGUCUAGGAGUUCUUCUGUGUCACCAAAGUCCAAUUCUGGAAACCAUCUACCUUUUGCUGAAGAAGGCAACCUUACUAUCAAACAACGACCCAGGAUAGCCAUUGUUACCCAGGCAGACACAGACACCAGGUCUCCAACAGAUGGUCCAGUUCAGACCCACAACAGCUUGGAGCCUCCAGAGUUCAACCUGAAAGAGUCUGACACUGUGAAAAGACGACACAAACCCAAAGACAAAGGUGCUUCCACGCCAGAAGAGGCUACUACUCCCAACCAAGAGGAAAACCACCUGCUGGUUACCAGUCCACACACACAUGUUGAAGUCAGAGGUGUAAAUAAAGGAGAGGCAGAGAUACCAGGGAAUGCUUUCCUUAGAGUUGGCUCUGUGGGCAAAGGUGCAAAACCUACUGUAUCCUCAAAACCUUCCACUCCUCUAAGACAAACCCCUAACGGCAGUCUAGUGAGCCCUCAAAAAAUGUAUCCGACGACACGGGUCACCGCGCAAACAGCCAUUCCAAAUUUGACCAGCGUGCAGAUACACACUGUCUCUCCGAAACUGAGCGGCAGCUUUCACAUCCAGACGAGCUUGCAGAGCCCUAAGCCCGUUACGCAUUUACAGACCGUUGGGUCCAAGCCGGAGAGUCCGCAGAAAGCCACUGUUCCCCCUGCAUCAAGGCUCUCUCCAUCCAACGCAACGCCCAUUUCAGCAGGAGGAACAAAUCUCCAGAUAAUCCAAAGCGUCUGUUUUCCUGCUCCAUCCUCCAUGACACUGGGUUCCUACUCCCCGAACUCGGCUUCGUCGGAUCAGUCAAGGAAAUCGGGGGGAUCUCUGUCUGGUGUAGCAGGUCUGGAGGUUCUGGCCCAGAAGAGGCUGGAGCAAACCAGUACGUCACUCGAGGCUGCUCUCAAAGUGGUGGAAAAUGAGCUCGCACAUGGCAGCAGUGUGGACGGCUGCAGUGGCAGCAGCUCGGUGAAGGCAGCUGGGAACAUUCUGGACGACAUCGGCAACAUGUUUGACGACCUGGCGGACCAGCUGGACGCCAUGUUGGAGUGACGCCCCGGCCUACCUGAAACUCGGUACCUGUCCUGCACCUUGGACAUACCGACUCCCCCUCACACCCUCUGGAUGGAUCAGUGAGGGGCACAUCUGAGGAUUUUCCAGCACAAUAUUGUCCUGUUUUUAUUUUUUAUUUUCCUUUUUAUUUUUAAACCCAAGCACUUGGCCUCAGGACACACACCUGGGAAUGUUCCUGGACGGACAACAAACAGCAGCAUGAGAGAUCAGCCAUCUGCUCAGUGUGCGAUGACUUGAGGAAAAAGCUGGUCCAUCGUACGUGUAAAUAGAGAAAAAUCUGACGGUGGUGCUGUCGCCUCUCUUUAUACUGACUAUUUUAACCUAGAGUUAUAUUUAUACUGGUAAUUUUUUUUUUUUUUUACAAUAACGACUGAAUUAGUGUACAUAGUUUAUGUAUAUUUUGCAGCUUUGUGUCAGUAACGAGUUCGAUGCAUUGAAAGAAGCUCGUUUUAACACGUUUUUACCAAACUGCCGGUGAACAAAUCACUGGACAUCUCUGAACUGACAGCUGGGAUCAGUCACAGCUCGCUUCAGGGCAUCAAGACGAGAACGCGCUGUUAACCAGCGGCUUCCAAAAAAACCGGUAACACCCGUGUGUUACUUUUUCUUACAUUUCAGCCGAGGUCAGUGUGUUUCUUGGCAGGCAGGGAAUGUUCUGUGUUCAACGAAAGCAGCACACUGUGGGAGUCUGUGUACCUGUGGGUGCCUGGAUUGUAACUAAAUUAUUCCAGUAGAGAAAAAAGUUUUGUUUUCUCAUAAGUAAGGCGUUCAGUUGCAUGUAUUUUUCCCCGAGUCUUCUGAUGGAGAUGGUUUCCUCAAGCCGAUGUGCUUCAUGCUAUUUCAGUCCCGCAAAAUGAAUUUCUCGCUUUGACGUUUUGAAGUUUUUGUCAUGCCGCUGUUUACAUUCCAGCCAGCAUGUGGCGCUGCAGCUGCAGACACCGUAGAGUUGGGGUAGUUGUUAACAAAAUGUCAGCGAGAGCAGAAUAACUCUUUGCAUUCAAAAUGAUUAGCUUCAUUUAUUGAAGCUAAUCAUUUUCAUCAAACAUUUCAGGUCGGAGCUUUCUGGUGUGUUUGCAGAUCAGAAAGGCAGAUUAAUGAGUAUUUAUUUUCAUUUUUGUACCAUAUUUCUUUUUAGUUUGUACUCAGCAAAGUUUUGUGGUUCUAUAUAGUUAAGCAUUUUCAUAUAUGGAUAUGAAUUUGUCUUCAGUUUCUCCGUCUGCUGACAAAAGAUUCUCAGUUUUGUUUUUGCUCCAUUAUUAUGGCAAAUGUCCCGAUUAUCACCAAAUUUUACCUGGAUUUAUAGAAGACAUUGUGUCAGGAGGACGCUUUGUUCCUGGCAAUGUUCUUUAUGCAGCCUCUGGGACUAAAGGUUCCCAGCAGUGGCUUGGUUUAGCGUUUAGCGAAGACUGCUGUUCACAAGGAUCUGCACUGGUGGCAAAAUCAUUUUGACAAUCUUGGGUGUCCUUAAUUCUUCACCAUUACAAAACAUUUCAUUUAAAAAAUCCUGGUGAAAACUAUUUUUUUCCCCGCAGGUGUAUCACUGAAAGAUGCAUCUUUGUAUUUUCUAAAAAAACAAACAAAAAAAGUCAUCAGAAGCUGCAACGUUUGCAGAAAAGUGGAUUUGAAAACCCCGACUUUGCAAUCCAUUUGAACAAUUUGGGGGGAGGCUCUUUAAAGCCUAAAUGUUUGGCAAUAAAAUGCAAUAAUUUUAUUAUAUUUAUAAGAACUUCUCCCACUUGUGGAGAUUUCAUUAUUGUAAUCCAGAGACUGACAGGAACGUUUUUGCACUGUUUUGAUUUCUCUGUUUCCUGCUGAAUUCUGUAUCAUCCUGGAGAGAAAUGAGACCAAUAGUUGCAUCUUGUUGUAGUCCACCUAGAAAUAGUAUCUCUUUAAAAAAAAAGUUAAUAAAAAAUAUAUUGAGA